UAAUCAUUUUAUAUUUGGACCACAUUAAUGAUUUUUUUUGCAAUUACUUACUGGGCUCUGAAUCUGUAUUUCCCAGCAUGCUUUGCAUGCAACUGCCUUUGGAGAGUAAUUGUCACGUAGUGCCCCAUGUGUCCCUGUGUUCUGUCAUUCUGGUGUUUUGUUAUACUUGUGUUUUGGGUUUAUACUUAUGUCUCUGUGUACCUGUGUUUGACCUGUGUUCAUGUAUACCCUUGUUCCUAGUUGUAUCUCCCUGUGUUAAUUAGUGUCUCCGCCCCCUUGUUUGUAACCAUGGAUAUUCAUUGUGAUCAUGCUUCUCCCCUUGUGUGUUGUCAUAGUUACUCAUUGUUCCUGCUUUGUCAUUGUCAUGCAUUUAUACCCUGCCUGUUCAGUCUGUGUUUGUGGUUUGUUAAAUGAUGUCGCUAGUCCCUUGUGUUCCGCUGGUAAUUGGUUUUUGCCUUGUUUGCACUUUUAUACUGGAAUAAACUGCAUUUGGAUCCGUACCUUUGCCUCAUCCUGUCUCACCCGGUGUUCACCCAUGACAGAUCAAACCACCACCUAGGAUCCAGCAGCAAUUCCUCAUCUCCCGUGUUUUUCCAAAAUUCCCUCGUCUCCAUAGAAUCCAGUAUGUCAGCUUACAGCCAUGCAGACUUUUGUGUUCCCUCCCCCAUCUCUGACAAGGAGUUCUGGCAGAGGCGGAACAAACUUGCCUCCCUUCGUCUGUGGGGCCAACCAGUGGAGGAUUUCGCUCAGAGGUUUUGGGCGGAGUCACAGGGUCUGCGUCUCAACGAGACAGAGAUGAAGAUCUGAUUCGAUCACUGCUUGGGUGAGCCUGUCUCGAUGCAGGAGAUUUAUGAGCUUAAGGUGUUGGACUUUUUCACUUUUGCCCGCCAUGCGGAUUUGCGUAGCAGAGGGCAUGUGCGAUUCAUGCCGGAGUUGCUCACGACACCGGCGACGGAGGAGGAAUCCCAUGCCCGAGCGAGCUACUGUUAGCACGGGCCCUAUUCUCCCGAGUCCUGUUUCCCCUGUGUCAGUGCCCAUGCUCAAGAUGGCCGCCACGUCAUCCCACUCCAUGCCUCAGUUUGCUGAUAUUAAACCUGCCCCAGUUUUCGAGUUUGCCACAACCAUACCAGCUCCGAUUCGUCAAAAGGCCACCAUCAUCACUGUUCCAGCUGUUAAAGGUGCAGUAGUAACACCUACACCCAUUCUCAAACUGGCUCCCAUACCCAAACCUACUCACAAAGUGACUGCAACACCCACUCCACUUCACCAACCUGCAUUGAUGAACUCUCCAGCACUGCCACAGUUCCGACAUUUAAUCACCAGUCUGAUGGACAAGCCAUUGGUAUCUGUACGGGUGGCUGGGGUGCACCGUCCUGUGGUUUCCAGCUUUGUGGUGUCAUCUGAGUCGAUUGAAUCCACUGAGUCAUCUGAAUCCACUGAGUCAUCUGAAUCCACUGAGUUAUCUGAGUCAACAGAGUCUUCUGAGUCCCCUGUGCCCUCUGUGUCGAGUGAGUCCCCUGUGCCCUCUGUGUCGAGUGAGUCCCCUGUGCCCUCUGUGUCGAGUGAGUCCCCUGUGCCCUCUGUGCCGAGUGAGUCCCCUGUGCCCUCUGUGCCGAGUGAGUCCCCUGUGCCCCCUGUGCCGAGUGAGUCCCCUGUGCCCCCUGUGCCGAGUGAGUCCCCUGUGCCCCCUGUGCCGAGUGAGUCCCCUGUGCCCUCUGUGCCGAGUGAGUCCCCUGUGCCCUCUGUGCCGAGUGAGUCCCCUGUGCCCUCUGUGCCGAGUGAGUCCCCUGUGCCCUCUGUGCCGAGUGAGUCCCCUGUGCCCUCUGUGCCGAGUGAGUCCCCUGUGCCCUCUGUGCCGAGUGAGUCCCCUGUGCCCUCUGUGCCGAGUGAGUCCCCUGUGCCCUCUGUGCCGAGUGAGUCCUCAGUGCCCUCUGAGCCGAGUGAUUCCUCUGAUUCCCCUGAGUCCCCUGAGCCGAGUGAAUCUCCCGAGUCCCCUGAGCCGAGUGAGUCUCCCGAGUCCCCUGAGCCGAGUGAGUCUCCCGAGUCCCCUGAGCCGAGUGAUUCUGCCGGCUCCUCCCUGGUCGCUUGCUCCGCCCUGGCUACCUGUUCCGCCGGCUCCUUCCUGGCUGCCCGCUCUGCCGUAGUCCCAGUCUCCGCCUAG